CACGAAAACAUCUCGAAGACGAAGGCGAAGUCAGGCGGCGGCGUUCGAACGACAGAGGUAAACAACACGAUGGCCGGCGGAGGAAGACGCGAAAUUCUCUCCCUCUAUAAAUCGCUACUGAGAGAGAGCAUGAAGUUCCCCGCCUACAAUUACAGAGAAUAUGCACUUAGAAGAGUUCGAGAUGGAUUUAAAGCUGGCAAAAAUAUUACCAACGAAGCCGAAAAACAGAGAGAAGUGCAAGCAGCAAGAGAAUCUUUAGAUAUGAUAAGGAGACAAGUUGUGAUUGGUCACCUUUACAGCCCCCCAAAUCUUGUAAUCGAAAAGUAGCAUGCAACACAAAACGGAAAAUUACGGCAUAAACAAGUGUGUUUGUUUUUUCAGGUUGUUAAGUUAAGAAUAAGAAAAUAUUCUCCAUUAUUUGUUUCACACACUCAAGUUUAAUUUUUGUCUAUGUACUGAUCCAAACACUAUAUAUAACAAUAAAUAGAUAAAGAAAAUGUGCAGUUGGUGUCCUUUAAGCGGAGUGAAGUUGAAGGAAAAGGCUCAAGAUAUGCUACCUAAUAUAUUUAUUAGUCACCUUGUUGUCUUUCCUUUCCUUUCUUUUUUUUCAUACAAUUCAGGAGUAAUAUUUAGGAUACAUCUUUAUUUUCUGGAAAUCUUUUAACAGGCCUUAUAAUUAUGUCAUCCCAAAGUAAAUGUAUACAUUAAAUGCAUGUUCUAAUGCAGUCUAUGCUCACUGUGCCUUUUGAAGAGGCCGGUACUCAAGCUGGAUGGUGAAAAUCACAUGUAUAAAUAAAAAGUACUUUAAAUGAUUUUUCACCAAAAUGUACAUAGCAGUUCUUUUAAGUAGAGACUAUUUUACGCUUUGAUUUUAUCAGUGCACUGAAUAAUUGUUAUUUAUUUCUCCCCUCCCAAGAAAACUGUAUUGUUGAAGUUUUUUACAAUUAUAUGUUCCGUUUCCUGACUUUGGAUAUAAAUAAAUGUAUAUAAUAUAAAUUUUCAUCAGACUGCUAUUUCAUUACCUAUUCACAGUAGAUUGUAAUAUAAAAGAACAAUAGUUAUUGUAAUAUAUAUAAAAAUAUGUAUUUCUGUGUGGUUGC